CUUCUUUCCAGCAAAGAAGCAGAAGCGUGCCAAAGAGGCACUUCUCACUCACCCAUCCCUGGAAUGGCGACAAUCCACUUCUAUUCGCUGCAUUCAUCUUCUUCCCUACCAAGCAUCUCUUCUUCACAUAUUCGCCAAUAUUCCCCCAACCUCUCUUCUUACUUUCGUUCUAAACCUUCUCUCUCUUAUCCCUUCAUUUCCGCCAAACCUUCCCAUACAAUCAGGCCUCGCUCUCUCUCAAUUGCUUCGGCUCUGAAGAACCUCGCAGACUCGGAGCUGAUUCCCUUUCCAUCAACGGCCGAUGAAUUUUCAGCGAAAUUCCCUUCAACUUCCGGUGUCUACGCCAUUUAUGACAAGAACGAUGAGCUUCAAUUUGUUGGCAUAUCAAGGAAUGUAUACGCGAGCCUCUUCUCUCAUAUGAAGUCGGUGCCGGAGCUAUGCGGCAGUUUCAGGGUUGGGGUAGUAGAUGAUCCUGAUAGAACAGCUCUAAGACAAGCUUGGAAAUCAUGGAUGGAAGAAUAUAUAAAAGCCACAGGAAAGGUCCCGCCUGGCAAUGAAUCUGGUAAUACCACUUGGGUCAGGCAACCACCAAGGAAGACGGCUGAUCUCCGACUUACACGUGGUCGUCAUGUCCAGCUGUCAGUCCCAUUGGAAGAGCUUAUCGAUCAGUUGGUAAAGGAGCAUAAAGUGGUUGCAUUUAUCAAGGGAUCAAGAAGUGCCCCAUUAUGUGGAUUCUCACAAAGAGUAAUCAGCAUUCUAGAGAAUGAAAGGGUGGAUUAUGAAAGUGUUGACGUGCUUGAUGAAGAGUAUAAUUAUGGAUUGAGGGAGACUCUAAAGAGAUAUAGCAAUUGGCCUACGUUUCCUCAAAUAUUUGUGAAUGGAGAACUGAUCGGAGGGUGUGACAUCUUGUCUUCUAUGCAUGAGAAAGGUGAGCUAGCAGAUUUGUUCAAGAAAUAGUUGCUUAAUUUUGCCAUUAGUUGCUGUUUUAUGAUAUGGAGAAACGUCGAGGUGAAAAUGAGAAGAUAAAAAUGAAUGGGCAAAUUGAUCUUGUAAUGAUUAACUGUCUUUAUUCGUAUUCUGGAUCUUGGCCAUAUGGGGGGAAAGAGUGAGCGAGCAGCAGCAGAACGAAUGUGAUGGACCGACUUAUAACUGUUUGAUGAUCUGUUUCCCUUCAUAUUUUCUCUAGUGAUUUGAUUAUACUUUGAACUCAGACUUUUUGCUCCAAAGCGUUUUGGUUGAAUUGAAUUGAUGAAGAAUUAAAUUCUAGCAUCCAAA